GGGCGGUCAAGAGUUCUCGUAACUAAUGACUCAGUCGGCCAGUAAUCAGGGGCAGUUUCAUUCAAAAUAAUGUGGAGUAGUCGGUAUGCGAGUGAAAUACAAACCGAAGCUAGGCAGGUAUGACGCGGCGACUCCACCACGGGCACACAGCUGCCGGCGCGGGCCGGCCACCGAUUGGCUGUCGGCGGAACCGGUCGCGCUCCCCGCUCCCCUCCCGCCUCGCCACCACCAAACAACUUCAAAUUCUUAUUCAUAUUCCUUACCACGACCGUUGCUGUCGCUGAGAGCGCACACACGCGCCACGAUUUCGCGUAAUCUUAUCAUAAUGUGCUCAUUGUCACAAGCGAUUUCUGGAUUGAGUGAGUGAAUCAAACAACAUAAUAAAGUGCGGAUUCGAGUACAAUUAUUGCAUCAGGACGCCAUUACGUAUUACGAUAUGAAAACGCAGGAAGGAUCCUUUGGUUUUGUCCUUUUUGUUUCACCAGUGGUUCGUGAGUGGCUCCGAUGCAGGGUUGCCUUCGCCAUGUGCAUCAGAUAGUGUUGUGCUCCUAUUAGUUUGUCGACAAACUAAUAUGCAAGCUAUUGGGUAGUGGUUCGUGGUGAGGCGUUGGUGAUUAAUAAGUGACAUGAAGGUGACGGUGUGCUUCGGUUCUGUGCGGGUGCUGGUGCCAUGCGGGGCUGGUGACCUGCUGGUCCGUGACUUAGUGCGGGAAGCGACGCUGCGCUACAAGAAAGCCACGGGACAGGUGUAUGUAUCUAUUGUUUACAUGGCGUGCGAGCACCUCAAUGGCGGCUACUUAUUGGGGGAGGGGGGCGGUGACCCGGCGGCCCUCCCCCCCGCACCGCGCACCAUCGCGCGGUCGCUGCCUGCCGCUUCGGCGCCCGCGCAGAAAGUGGAGCCAGUUGCUCGCCGCACAGCCUCCAGUUUGUUUACAUCCGAUUAA